AUGGAUUUAUGUUUCAUCAUAAAAGGGGUCUCUUUUUUUGUACAGACUAGUAUUGGUAUAGUUAGUAACUGGGCUAUCUUGAUAUCCUACUUAAAUAUGGUUUGUCACCGCUACAAGCUGAUGCCGGUUGACAUAGUCCUAUCUCACUUAGCAUUUGUUAAUAUGAUGACCCUGUUGACAAGAGGUGUUCCUCAGACCAUGACUGUUUUUGGAAUGGUACAUGUGCUGAAUGAUGCAGGCUGUAAAGCCGUUAUAUAUUCCUACAGAAUAGUGCGUGCAUUGUCUGUAUCUGUUACAUGUCUACUCAGUGUCCUGCAAGCAGUCACUAUCAAACCAACCCCAGGGAGGUCCAUCGCCAAAAUCAAAGAUCUCAAGUACUUGAUUAUGACACUUGUUGUUAUCUGGCUUAUUAACAUGGCUGUGUGUAUAGCAGCCCCAUUUUUCUCUGCAGUUCCUAGGAUCGGAAAAGUCCCUAAAUUCACCCUUGACCUGGGAUUUUGCCAUGUUUAUUUUCCUAACCAACUGGGUUACAUUAUAAAUGGUUUUGCCGUCUCAGCCAGAGAUUUUACCUUUGUCGGUAUCAUGAUUUUUGCCAGUGGUUUCAUUAUGCAAACUCUGUACAGGCAUCGAACACAGGUUCAGAAUUUAAGGUUAAGCAAUAGUCGCAAUGGGGCAGCUGAAUCCAAAGCUGCUAAAAAUGUUCUCAGGCUAGUUUUGCUUUAUGUCAUAUUCUUUGGUGUAGAUAAUAUUAUAUGGAUUUACAUGUUAACUGUUUCACAGGUACCUUCCAUUGUCAGUGAUAUGAGAGUCUUUUUCUCCUCUUGUUAUGCAUCCCUAAGCCCAAUCUUAAUAAUCCUAUCUAAUAAAAAGAUCAGAAGUUCCAUGAAAUGCACACUGAGACAGCAAAUAACCCAAGUAGAGAUCUAUGUAUGCCAUGUAUAA